AUGGCGCUUUCAGGCGCUGGCGACCGCACCGGCUCCGACCGUUGGUGGAAGAUCCAUCUCUUCAGGGGCAUCAUCAACGACAUCCGCCGCCGCGGCCCCUACUACGCCAGCGACUGGCGAGAUGCCUGGGACUAUCGCGUCGUCCCGGCCACCGUGUACAUGUACUUUGCAAACAUCAUGCCUGCGCUGGCCUUCUCUCUAGACAUGUUCACCAAGACCGGCAUGCAGUAUGGCGUCAACGAGGUCCUCCUCGCCUCCGUGCUCGGUGCCAUCGUCUUCUCGCUACUCGCAUGUCAGCCGAUCACCAUCGCGGGCGUGACUGGCCCCAUUACCGUCUUCAACUACACCGUCUACGACAUCAUGGUUCCGACAGGCACCAACUAUAUUGCCUUCAUGGGCUGGAUUGGCAUCUGGGCACUCGUAUUCCACUGGAUCCUCGCCGUUACAAACAGCUGCAACUGGCUGCGCUACGUGACCCGCUUCCCCUGCGACAUUUUCGGGUUCUACGUCGCCUUCAUCUACCUGCAGAAGGGCAUCCAGGUCCUCGAGCGCUUCCCUGAGGAUGCGCCGCUAUACCUCUCCGUCAUGGUCGCCCUCCUUGUCUUCAUGCUGGCUUACACCUGCGGUGCCCUCGGCGCCAGCACCUUGUUCACACAUCCCGUCCGCGUGUUCCUCAAGGACUACGGCACCCCUCUCACCGUCAUCUUCUUCACGGGGUUUGUCCACUUUGGGCGCAUGAACAGCGUAGAGCUCGAGAGGUUGCCCACCAGCACGUCAUUCUUGCCUACAUCUGGUCGCCAGUGGCUUGUCGAUCUGUGGAAUAUCCCCGUGGGCGACGUUUUCCUUGCGAUUCCCUUUGCCCUGCUGCUGACGAUUCUAUUCUGGUUUGACCACAACGUGUCAUCUUUGAUGGCCCAGGGCACUGAGUUCCCCCUGGUCAAGCCCGCUGGCUUCCACUGGGACAUUUUCCUGUUGGGCCUGACGACUGGCGUUGCCGGCAUCUUGGGCCUCCCGUUCCCGAACGGUCUGAUCCCCCAGGCCCCGUUCCACACCGAGUCGCUGUGCGUCACCGUGCCGGUGACCGAGGAGGACGCGGACGGCAAGCGAAAGCACUACUUCAAGCGCACCCACGUCGUGGAGCAGCGCCUCUCCAACCUGGCUCAGGGCUUGCUCACGCUCGUGACAAUGUCCCCGCCCUUGCUCGUCGUCCUGCACCUGAUCCCGCAGGCCGUCCUCGCGGGCCUCUUCUUCAUCAUGGGGUACCAGGCCCUCGAGGCCAACGGCAUCACCGCGAAGCUCCUGUUCCUCGUGCGGGAGAGGUCGAUGACGUCCUCGGCAGACCCGCUCCACGGGGUCGAGCGCCGCGCCGCCGUCUGGGCGUUUGUCGCCAUCGAGCUGCUCGGGUUCGGCGCCACUUUUGCGGUGACCCAGACCGUGGCCGCCGUCGGCUUCCCCGUCAUCAUCUUCAUGCUCAUCCCCGUGCGUGUCCUGGUGCUGCCCCAUUUCUUUUCUCCCGAGGAACUGGGCGUGCUUGAUGGGCCGACCGCCGCGCCGCAUGUCAUGGAGUCUGUGGGCGGGAGUCUGGAUGAUAUAGAGAAGAAGCACGGUGAUGGUGGUGGUGGUGUUGGUGGUGAAGAAGGUCUGAGCUCGGCAUCGACGCGUGGCAUGGACGGGGUGCAGGACGUCGAGGCUAGACGGCGGGGGACGCCUGGGAUGAUGGAGAGGGGCGCUGCUGCUGCUGACGACGACGACGGCACGGGGGGUGCCAUUGUUGGUGGUGCUGGUGGGGGAGGUGGUGACGCCAGGGCUGAGAUGAGGAAAAGACUUAGGGGGUGA